AGGACUGUUCUACAGAAUGCAGACCAUAAUCCUAGCAGUCGCUCUGGUUUCCUCGAUAGCGUGGACGAAUGCAGCACAGGGCCCUCUGUUACUCCCUGCUCAGGAAUCUCUUGCAAAGAUCCAACGACAUGGCUAUGUGCCGUUCAAGAGACACAUUCCUUCCAACUUGAAUCUUCGCGGUGGAGGAAAGGGUAACGUUCUCAUCACCGGAGGUGCUGGGUACAUUGGUACGCAUUGUGCUGUUACGUUGCAAGAAGCUGGAUACACAGUGAUGAUCCUGGACAACUUCAGCAACUCAUGCAAGAAGAGUAUUGAGAGAGUUGGAGAGAUCACUGGGAAGUCGAUCGAGAAAGUGUUUGAUGUGGAUAUUCGUGACAAGGCAGCGCUGGAUAAAGUGUUCAAGGAAAACAAGGUUGACGCGGUAAUUCACUGUGCGGGCUUGAAAGCUGUGGGCGAAUCGGUGAGAGAGCCAAUCGCAUAUUAUGAAAACAAUUUUGUUGGAGCUCUCAAUUUGAUCAAGGCCAUGUCUGCAGCAGGAUGCAAGAAAAUCGUCUUCUCUUCGUCUGCCACUGUGUAUGGGAACCCUGCCAAGGUACCUAUUACCGAGGAUUUCCCACUGCAAUGCACAAACCCCUACGGGAGAACCAAGUUCUUCAUCGAAGAGAUGUUGCGUGAUGUAGCCAAUGCAGAUCCAGAAUGGAAGGUCAUCAACUUGAGAUAUUUCAAUCCUGUGGGAGCACAUUCGAGUGGCAAGAUCGGAGAGGACCCAUCGGGCAUUCCCAACAAUCUUAUGCCUUACGUGACCAAGGUUGCAAUCGGCAAGCUCGAGAAGUUGACUGUGUUUGGAGACGACUACGACACUCCCGACGGCACCGGAGUCCGCGACUACAUCCAUGUGAUGGAUCUUGCCAAGGGACAUGUUGCUGCUGUGGACAAGCUCUUCUCGAUCGAAGGGGAGGUUGUGUACAACCUGGGAACUGGUCAUGGGUACUCCGUCCUUGAUAUGGUCAAGGCGAUGAAGGAGGCGAGCGGCAGAGAAGUUCCAUACGUGAUUGGGCCGCGUCGAUCAGGAGAUGUGCCCACGUGCUAUGCUGAUGCAGCAAAGGCAAAGCAGGAGCUGCACUGGGAGGCCAAACUUGGGGUAAAGGAGAUGUGCCAAGACGCGUGGAACUGGCAGUGCAAGAACCCCAAUGGCUACCGGGAAGAAGCUGAGCUCGCUGGUGCGAAGAAGUAAUCUGAUCGGAUCAGGCUGAGGCCUUGAGGCGGCACACACAUGUUCGCCUCAUUUGCUGAUGAGCACGUAUGGGUCACAUCGCUUGUCCGCCAUCACCACGAGGAUGUCAAGGGCAGGGCAUGACUACCUCAUAUACGUUAGCCCUGUUUACUAAAAUGAAGUAUGAGCCAGUUCGUCCCCA